UAGAAGGCGCUCGCUUCUUCUCAAGAAAUCAUGUCUGGACGCGGCAAGCAGGGCGGCAAGGCGCGCGCCAAGGCCAAGACGCGGUCCUCGCGGGCCGGGCUGCAGUUCCCCGUGGGCCGCGUGCACCGGCUGCUCCGCAAGGGCAACUACGCCGAGCGCGUCGGGGCGGGCGCGCCCGUGUACCUGGCGGCCGUGCUGGAGUACCUGACGGCCGAGAUCCUGGAGCUGGCGGGCAACGCGGCCCGCGACAACAAGAAGACGCGCAUCAUCCCGCGCCACCUGCAGCUGGCCAUCCGCAACGACGAGGAGCUCAACAAGCUGCUGGGCAAGGUGACCAUCGCGCAGGGCGGCGUGCUGCCCAACAUCCAGGCCGUGCUGCUGCCCAAGAAGACCGAGAGCCACCACAAGGCCAAGGGCAAGUAAGGACCCUGCGUUCCUUUGGCAACAACGCAAACAACUAAACCAAAGGCUCUUUUCAGAGCCACCCACCUUCUCACUGAAAGCGCUGGCACUUUCCAUACCGGAGCGGAGGCUUGAAAGGGAUCUUAGCUGUAAUUUCUCAGCCUAACAGUAGAUGGCAGUGGGCAAACGCGCCCCGAAAUGCCACUAUUUACUCCCAAUAAAAA